AAUGAAGCUCGGCCAAUCCAAUUGGCCGCCAUCUUUGUUAGGGGCACAGUGACUUCCGGUUGGGGCGGAGGAGAGCCCAGAGGGCUUUGGGGGAGGUGCUAGAGGCUGGGUUUGCGUUGGAUGAAGUAGGCGGGAAUCUAGUCCUCUUCCAAUCGGCUCCCCAUUUCGCCCUCUGGCGGCUUCGGACGGCAGCCCGACUUAGUGUGACGACGGGCGCGCUCCAAGGCGGGCACUGGCCGUCGCCACGAGGGAACUGGGGAGGAUUCCGAAUGGGGGAGGAGGGGACGGAGGGCAUCGUACAUCUCAUGUGCCUCGCGGCCUCCAGCGGGGUGCCCCUGUUCUGCAGAAGCAGCCGCGGCGGCGCCCCCGCCCGCCAGCAGCUCCCGUUCUCUGUCAUCGGCUCCCUCAAUGGAGUUCACAUGUUUGGGCAGAAUCUGGAGGUGCAGCUGAGCUCUGCGAGGACCGAGGACACGACCGUGGUGUGGAAAAGCUUCCACGACAGCAUCACCCUCAUUGUUCUGUCACCUGAAGAGGGCACCUCGGAGCUGAGACUGGAGCGACUACUCCAGAUGGUGUUUGGGGCCAUGGUUCUUCUUGUGGGACUUGAAGAAUUGACCAAUAUCCGCAACGUAGAGAGACUGAAGAAGGAGUUGAGGGCCAGUUACCGCCUCAUCGACAGCUUCCUGGGGGACUCAGAGCUCAUCGGGGACCUGACCCAGUGUGUGGACUGUGUGGUUCCUCCAGAGGGGUCUCUCCUGCAGGAAGCCCUCUCUGGGUUCGCUGAGGCCGCGGGCACGGCCUUCGUCAGCCUGGUCGUGUCGGGCCGGGUGGUGGCAGCAACAGAGAGCUGGUGGCGGCUGGGGAUGCCGGAGGCCGUGCUGCUGCCCUGGCUGGUGGGCUCGCUGCCGCCGCAGGCCGCUCGCGACUACCCGGUGUACCUGCCGCACGGGAGCCCCACGGUCCCGCACCGGCUUCUGACCCUGACGCUGCUGCCGGGCUUGGAGCUGUGUCUGCUCUGCGGGCCGCGCCCGCCCCUCGGCCAGCUGGAUCCACAGCUUCUGGAGCGCUGGUGGCUGCCGCUGCUGGACCCGCUGCGGGCCUGCCUGCCGCUGGGACCCCGAGCGCUGCCCGCGGGCUUCCCCCUGCACACGGACAUCCUCGGGCUGCUGCUCCUCCACCUGGAACUGAAACGUUGCCUCUUCACCGUGGAGCCCUCGGGGGAUAAAGAGCCUUCUCCUGAGCAGCGCCGGCGCCUUCUCCGCUCUUUCUACACCCUGGUCACCGCCACGCACUUCCCAACAGAUGAGAAAACUGAGGCUCAGUUAAGCAGCAGCAGAGCCACGAUUCAAACAUGGGCAGCCUGGUUCCCACAGCCACACGCUGCGCUCCACUGCUCACAGUACAGGCUUUGCCUAUCGUCCUCAUUGUGGGGGGAUCCACAGAGCCCAGAGCCAGGGCAGCCAGAGGAGAAGGCAGAGGACACAGCCCACCGGGCCCAGGUGCCGCGGGCCUGCUACCUGGUGUCGGGGCCCGAAGAGCCAGGCACAGGGUGGCGGCUGGUGGCCCUGCAGCUGGGGCCCCGGCGGCUGCUGCUGCUGCUGUCUUCUCAGAGUCCCACCCAUGGGCUUCGGGUCCUGGCCACCCACACCCUGCACGCCCUCACCCCGCUCCUCUGACCACCGCUGUCAGCCAUGGACAUGGACGCCAAGCUGUUAGCGUCUCUCUCUUUAUUCGCUCACAAUAAUACACAGCCCCUGGAUGGGGAGGGGGUAGAGGGGCUACGAGGGGGCGCGUGGGAGGGGAGGAGGUGCCAGUCUCCCUGGCCCCUCUCCCCUCUGUGCUUGGGGGGGGAAAGGAGGGAGGGGGCCCCCCCUGACCCCCAGAAUGUAAACAGCAGCAGAUGAACAAAAAUAAAAAUACAAAAGGCC